AUGGAAAAAUACAUACAGGAAUUCCUCUCGCAAGCAAGGAAAUUUGCAUCGAUAGCCGUUGUAAGUGGUUCAGAUAUUACAAAGGUUGUCGAACAACUAGGCGACAAUAUCGAUGACGUAUUGAAUCGAUUCGAUUUUGUGUUUGUUGAGAAUGGUUUGGUUGGUUUUCACGGAAGUGAUGCUCUUCCAGUACAGUCAUUGAAAGAACAUGUUGGUGAUGAGCGCCUCAAAAAAUUAAUCAAUUAUACUUUACGCUAUUUUUCCGAAAUCGAUCUUCCUGUUAAACGUGGAAAUUUCAUUGAAUUUCGUCAAGGUAUGCUAAAUUUGUCGCCAAUUGGGCGAAGCUGUACUCAAGAAGAGCGCAUGCAGUUUGUGGAAUUUGAUUCUAAAUACCGUGUGCGUGAGCAAUUCGUUAAAGACUUAAAAGUUUUCACUGAGGGAUGGAAUUUGAAUAUUUGCAUUGGCGGUCAAAUAAGUGUGGAUGUUUUUCCAUAUGGAUGGGACAAAACAUUUUGUCUUCAGUAUUUAAAAGAUUUUGAAACAAUACAUUUUUUUGGUGAUAAAACAGCUCCGGGCGGUAAUGACCAUGAAAUUUUUAAUGAUGAGAGAACAAUUGGUCACACAGUGAAAAAUCCGGAAGAUUUGAAGAAACAAGUUGAAGAACUGUUAAAGUCGUUUACAGACGAGUGUUGA